UCCCGUUUUGUUCGUCGCUUUGCAUGUUUGUUUCCUCUCUACUCUUUCUUCCUGCUAGAAUUUCACUGUAAUCAUUAUUCUCAACCUAACCUCGCUCCCAAAAUGUUUCACUCCACAACGUUAACCAUUUUACUCCUAGGUUUUCUCUUCCAGAUAUCAUGGGUCGCUUCAAUUUCGAUGCCGAGUUCCAAUUGUUACGCUUUCAAUAAUUCAAGUCGAAUUGUUGAUUUUAGUAGCUGGAUUGGUUACCCUUUUGAGUAUGAUGAUGAGAAGCAAGGUUCUGAUUUGGUGGUUCGAUUCUGCAAGGACGUAGAAAGUAGAUCGCAAACGGGAUAUGUUGAUUUUGGUCGAUUUGACAACUUCAACUACUUUGUUGCUGGUUCUGGCCAAUCUGAUUUUGUACAAGAGUUUUAUAAUGGUGACCUAAUGGGUUGUGAACAAACUUAUGACAAAAUGGGACGAACAUCUCAGGUAAAUAUCAUAUGUGGGAGUUGUCCUAAUGGACAAUGUAAAGGUCGUCCUGGAUGCAUAUGUCAUGUCGAAUAUGAAUCGAAGUGCAGAGCCUUAAUUGAACUUGCAAUUUCAUGUGAUAAACCGGGCCCACAAGUGUUCCAAGGCUUCACUGUUGGUUUUCAUCCUCGAUCAUGGGAACUUGUUUACAAUGGCAUGACUCAAUUCGGUUUUGAGAAACCCCAUCAUGAGUUUAGCUUUCAGACAUCACAAACUCAGGUAGUCCUGUUUACAAGUGCAGUUGCUUCACUCUCAUCCUUAGUACAAAAGCCUAUUUUGAAGGUUCAUCCACAUAAAGGCCUGGGAGUUAGUUUGUCUGGAUCCGCUGCUAGCGGGAAGGCUCCUACAACUUUGUCACCUACAAUGUUGAUUGUUGAUUGGAGAUGUGAGAUAGCCCGCAACACCCCAUAUGAAGUUAACAUCACAAUCCCAGUUGAAGGAUACGAGGCAAUUCAAUUUGUGCUUACAAAAAUGUGCGACUACAAACAAGGUCAAGGAGGUGGUGCCACAAGAGGAUGGGCAAUAUUUGGAGUGCUAUCUUGCAUAUUCUUUGUCUCGUCGACAAUUUUUUGUUGUGGAGGGUUCAUUUACAAGACAAAAGUGGAACGCCAGCAUGGACUUGACGCAUUGCCUGGGAUGACAUACCUAUCUGCCUGCUUAGAGACAGUGAGUGGUGUCGGGCAAGGUUACUCACAGCCAGAAGACCCGUACGCAAGUGGCGAAGCCUCUUGGGAGCGCCCUCCUGGUCCUUCACAAUCUCAAGCUGCAUGGAGACCAGCGGAGAGAAAAUAUGGCGCCAUUUGAUCGUUUACUGCCACUCAUUUGUUUUUGCAUUGUACCAUCAUUUUAUUCAAUUUUUGGGAGUUUGUUCUGCCAAAUGUUAUUUGGAUUGACUCAUACAAAUGGGAUUUUGAAGGCUCGGUCUUGUUGUAUUUCUUUGUAAACAAAAUUCACAGGUAAAAAGUAAAGAAGAGAUGGUUAUAGCUGGAA